AAACUUCAUUCUGCUUAGUCAAGGCUGAGCAUUACCACAGAUUACAGUAAAAUUUUCGUUACAUUCCUAAACGAAAUUUGCGAAAAAAAAGAUGUGCAUACUCUUUGUUUACACAGACCCAGCCCCAAAACCUGGGGGCUACAGGAUUGUGAUUGCCUCUAAUAGAGAUGAAACAUAUAGUAGGCCUGCGGCUGCAGCCCACACCUGCGAGAAAACCAAUGUAAUUGGUGGUAGGGAUAUGGAGGUAGGUAGAGAAAAUGGAAUGUGGCUGGGGAUAUCCCCAAAACGAACCGAGCAUUGCAGGUUUCGGUUUGGGGCUCUGCUGAAUGUCACCGGGGAGGAGAAAAAGAGUGGUGUUAAAGGUAGAGGAUUUAUUGUAACAGAUUUUUUAAAAGGUAGUGACAUGGCCGAACAGUAUGUAGACUGUCUGGAAAAGAGUGAGGAAGUACUUAACUCUUUUAACUUUGUGGCUGUUGAAUUGAGUGAUGGACACGUGAAGACAUAUCACACGAGCAAUGCUCCACCUGGAUGUAAAGUAUUCGAAGGGAAGCAGGUCAUGGGAUUUGGGAACAGCACGUGUGAGAGUCCCCUGCAGAAAGUGCAGGCUGGGAAGGAAAGGUUCUUAGAGAUUAUCAACAGGAAUAAUAGUAAAGAGCGGAAGGAUGAAUUGUAUAAGGAAUUAUUGGAUCUUUUGCGGUGGAGGAAGAAACAUUUGCCGGAUGAUGAAUUGAGCAGGAGGGCUCCGGGUAUAGUGGAUAAGCUGUGCCAGGUUUAUGUAGAAUUCAUAAGUGCUGGCUAUGGGACUAGGACGCAUUCUAUAAUUUUAGUUGAUUACGAUUGGAAUUGCGAUUUCAUAGAGGAUUCUAUGAAGGAGCCAAUAGAUCCGAACAAUCCUUGCUGGGGCAACGUUAGAAUAUCGCCACGACUAUAAUAAUCGUAAUAACAAUAAUUAAUUUAGUCAAUUCAUAUUCUUUGCUCAACUACAUGUAAUAUUUAUUGACUUGGAUAUUUUCCAUUUUAUUAUAUAGAGCAUUUUAACAAAAUUUUCUUUUAUUUUAAUUAAAGUAAGGAAAUUGAGGAUGAAAUAAGGGUUUGCUUUUACUUAAUUUUGACUUUAUUCGUAGUAUAUAUCCAAAAGGUACACGCUAUAAACACGAAUUGUAAAAUACAUUUAAAAAAUGGUAUAGAAACGA